UGCGUGUUGAGCUUUCAGUAGGGGUAGUUACACUGAACAAGUAUGAGGCAGUUUGUGAUUGCCCUAUUUUGCGUGGCGGCGGCGCGAGGCAUGCCAGCCCUAGACAACGAAGUCAAUGACCCGGGCCUGGUCGGAUCAGUCAUUGGCGUGGUCAAGGAAUGCGUCGAAGGCGACAUCUCCCUAUGCCUCAAGGAGAAGGCAUUGAAGUAUGUGGAAUCGCUUUCUUCGGCCCGGGAGAUGGAUAUAACUGACGGGGUUUCCCUGGUGGGCACGGGGUCGCCGCGGUCAGCGCGGGCGCUGGAGCCUCUGUCUGAGGAGCCCAAGGCCAGGGAGUCCCAGAUCGAGUCCAGACUCCUGGAUUCAGCAGCUGACUUCUUAGAGAACCAUGUGGUGCAGUUCCGUCUGCCGCGCCAGGCCGUCGAGGGGAUGAAGAGGUCGCUCGAAGAAGCUCGUGGCAAGAAGAAGAAGAUCAAGCAGCUUCUCCCCCUCUUCGCUCUGGCUAAGUUGAAGAUCACCGCUCUCAUUCCUCUGUUCCUGGGUAUCAUCGCGUUCGCUGCCGCCAAGGCUGUUCUCCUGGCCAAGAUCUCUCUGCUGGUCGCCGGUAUCAUUGCCCUUAAGAAGCUGCUGUCAAGCAAGCACCACGAGAGCUACGAGGUGGUAGCCCACCCAGUGCAUCAUGAGGAACACUACCCCAGCAGUGGACACGGAUGGGGCCGCUCUGUGGACGACGCGCAAAACUUAGCCUACUCCAGCCAUAUCAAGUCUGACUGCGAAAACCAGAUCCGCCGAUACUCCUCCCUUGUGGCACCCGACCCACACACGGACGCUUCUCGCGACCCAUUCGUGACAUAUGGAAAUUUGGCGAGUGGGGGAAUGAAAAUAAAACUGUCGGGCCGCCAGGCAUCAGCAACAAUCGACUGUGAGAGCAGCAAGAUGAAGUGCUUUGUUCUACUGUGUUUAGUGGCUGCGGCCACGGCGCUCCCCAUGUCCAAGGACUCAUUGAGUUCUAUGGACACCUUCGUGUCAGCUCUUCGGGACUGCAUGGAGACGGAUACCAUGUUGUGCCUCAAGGAAAAGGCAUUGAAAUACACAGAGAACUUGGCAUCAGCUAAGGAAGUAGAAUUAGUGGAAGGUGCCGUCACCCUCACCAGAACCGGAAGCCCCAGGAACGCUCGUAGCUACGAACUGAAAUCCGUAGACCCUAAAGAAAGGGACAAUGAGAUUACUGCUAGAGCUCUGGACUUAGCUGCUGACUUCAUGGACAACCAUGUCAUCCAGCUGAGGAUGCCCAAGUCUCUCCUUGAAGAAGACACUUCCCUCGAAGAAGAAGGCCGUGGCAAGAAGAAGAAGAAGCUCAAGAAGCUGAUGCCCAUCCUCGCCCUUCUGAAGCUGAAGCUCACCGCUCUCAUCCCUCUGUUCCUCGGAAUCAUCGCCUUCGCCGUCUUCAAGGCCUACCUCCUCGGCAAGGUCGCCUUCAUCGCCGCCGCCAUCGGCAUCCUCAAGAAACUCCUCGAACACAAGAAGAGCAGCGGCUGGUCCGAGCCAGCUCAUGAGGAACACCACGGCUGGGAGUCCAGCGGUGGCUGGGGACGGUCUGUUGAAGCCCAGAACCUGGCCUACUCCGCUCACGCUAAGGAGGACUAAGCGUAAAGCAUUACAUAAGACCCUAAAUUAUUUAUUUAUUUUAGGUGCUAAGAGAGGGUGUACCACGAUGUUGAUAUGACUAGUUGCUGUACAGUUGUUGCGCGAUGUUUUUUUCGUUUUCAGUCUGUUGUUUUGUUUAACCACCGUUUUUGUUUUGUUCAUGGUAUUGUGUCUGUGAUGCAUGCUGAUUUUUUCUAUGAAUUUUAUCUUAUCGUUUGUAUAUUUUGAUAUAAAUAUCCUAUUUUUAUGUAUAUUUUAGAAAAUAUAUCGAAAGAAAAUCUAUAAUAUGCUAAUAUUAUAAUUAUUUCUGAUAUCUUCUACUAAAGACAAAUAAUAUUUUCACUUAUCUAAUAUGUAUAUCCACAUAAUAUGUAUUUAUAUAUUUUAUUGCCACAUCUUUCUUAUAUCUGUUCUUGUUUAUUUGUUAUAUGUGUGAUUUUUUUAUAUUUUUAUGUUUAUAUACUCACCAUAAAUAUGUAUAUGAUAUAAAAGUACAACGUAUUAUGUAUAGUUACCUACGUACCUAUUAUUUUAUAUAUUAAUGUAGCAAACAAAAGUUGCCAAUAUUUACUUUAUUUAAGUUAUCCAAAGAUUUUAUUUUAAAUAUUUUAUAUUAUGUUUAUUUUUAUGUUUUAGUAACAAUUUUAUUGAGUGCGAGUACAAUCAAGUCAUUUAAUGUUAUGUUAUAACUUAUUCAAUAAUAAAUAAUAGGUUGUUUUGUGUCAUAUUUAUAGCAAAACAAAUUUUAAACGACCCGGAAAAAAUAAAGAAAAUACUUCAAAUUUA